AUGUAUUCAACUUAUAGUUUACAUAAAUUAAAUUACAUUUCCAAACAACCAUUUACGUAUCGUGUUAGAAGAUUUAUCAAUAAAGAUAUACCAUUUUUUAAAAAUAUAACACCACAACGUUUUUAUGUCAGUGAUUCCUCAAAAAAAAUAAAUUUAGACGAUUUAUUAUCGCAAAAAGACGAUGAAUUAGAAAAGAAAAAAGAUUUAAAGAAAUCAACAACGAAAAAAGAUUCAGUCGAUUCAGCAUUGGAAGAUGAUUUAAAGGAUUCGGAACUAAAAAUUGACUUGAAGGGUUCAGAAGUGGAAAAAGAUUCACAAAUGAAAAAUGUGAGUUCUGCAGUGAAUUCUGAAGACGAAACGAAAAUUAAAUCCAAGAUGUGUGAUAUAUUUAAAAGAAAAUCAAAGAAAUUAAAAUCAGGUUCAUGCGAUUCACCGAAGAAAGGGCCAUGUGAUGCGCCAAAGAAAUGUGAUACGUGCAAUUUACCGAAAAGACCCGAGCCAUGCGAUAAAUCAAAGAAAUCUGAUCCUUGUGAAAAGAAACCUGAUCCUUGUGAAAAGAAACCUAAUCCAUGUGAAAAGAAACCUAAUCCAUGUGAAAAGAAACCUAAUCCUUGUGAAAAUAAAUCUAAUGCUUGUGAAAAGAAACCUAAUCCUUGUGAAAAUAAAUCUAAUGCUUGUGAAAAGAAGUCUAAUCCUUGUGAAAAGAAAUCUGAUCCUUGUGAAAAGAAAUCUGAUCUUUGUGAAAAGAAACCUGAUCCUUGUGAAAAGAAACCUGAGCCUUGUGAAAAGAAACCUGAGCCUUGUGAAAAGAAACCUGAGCCUUGCGAAAAGAAACCUGAGCCUUGCGAAAAGAAACCUGAGCCUUGCGAAAAGAAACCUAAGCUUUACGAAAAUAAACCUAGUCCAUGCUGCAAUAAACCAAAGAAACCUGAUCCAAGCUGUGAUAAACCAAAGAAACGUGAUAAAACCUGUGAUAAACCAAAGAAACCUGAUUCUUGCCCUGAUAAACCGAAGAAACCUGAUUCUUGCUCCAAUAAACCAAAGAAAAGUGAUUCAUGCGAUGCCCCAAAGAAAUCGGAUCCUUGUGAUUGUGAUGUCAAGCAGCAGAAAGCUAUGAAAGUUGAUGAGUGCCCAAAGCUUAAAUCGUGGUUUUCACGAAAGAAAUCCAAACCCGCAUCAAAAAAAAUCGAUUCAAGUUCACCACCAAAGAAAAUCGAUUGUGAACCAAAGAAAUGUGAAGAAGUCAAAAAAUGUGACGAUUGUCCAAAUAACAAUUACUUAGAUGAAUUAUUAAAUAAAAAAAAAUGUGAUGAAUCAGUCAAAUUUCAAUCUUCAAAAACUUUCUCAUUUGAAGAACUGUGCGAAAAUAAAGCUAAGUUGAUAAAAAAACCAAGCAUGAUGAAUUAUUUUAGAAGCUUAUUUAGUACUAAGAAAAGAAAAUAUCAUCAUUCUUCAUCGCCAAUCGGUGCACAAAAUUACACUAAAAUAAGACAUCUUUGUGUGCCAACAAAAAAAUAUUUUUUACACAAUCGCAAACAUUUUAGAGAGAUACACACGAAUAACAAAACAAAUACACCAAUUUAUACAUGGAUUUCCAUACCAAAAUUUCGGUUCAUAAGUGAAAAAACAGGCAGUAGCUGUCGUGAAGAAAUUAAACCACAAACAUGUACACAGUGCAAUCGCUUGAUUGAUCAAAAUCAUUGUACCAGCAAUAUCAAUGAAAAUGAAAAUCGUGACUUGGUUACAAAAAUAACAGUAUGCGACAAUCAUAAGAAGAAAAAAGUCGAAAAGGAUUAUGAUGGUCGAGAUAUAUAUGAUUUUGAAGCAAGUUUAAAUGUUAAAGGAGAAAAUUCGAAACAAUCGAAUGUGGAUUUAACAUGUUUAGAAGAAGCAUUAGCAGAUGUUAUAGAGAAAACAUCAUGUAUUGGCAAAGCAACAGUGAUUCAUUGGAUGACUGUAAAACUGCAACCAUGGCAUUAAAGCUUAGUGAUCGAAAAUUUAUUAAGAAGGCACCAUCCUUUAAAAAAUCAAACAUAUUAAAAUGUUCUUGUUGUCUGAA